AUGCGUAGAAUUCAUUUUAAAAGUUUGAAAGGUUCUUUUGUAAGAAACAAAGACACGCUUUGUGAUAUAAAUGACGUCGGGGACGUCGAAGUAAUUAACAAUUUGGAUUCAGAUGAAGAUUAUAAUCCUGUCGUAGUAGGUGAAGGUCAACCUAACAAUAAUUAUGAAGAGCUAAGCCUCAAGUUAAUCAGUUCAUUAUAUCUGACAAUGGAAUCAAAAUACUUUAUGACAAAUAAAUCAAUGCAAAUAGUUAUCGAUGGUAUAACUGACCUCAAUAAAUUAAAUAAUGAUUACAUAAUUGAAAAGUUAAAAACUAACAAUGUUGUAAUCGAUAAAGCCAUUCUAGAAAACAAUUUGUUUGACAAAGUUCAUAACGCCGUACAUGGUGAACUAAGAUCUAAAUUCAUAAGAAAUAAAUACUAUCAAAACUAUUUUAAUUACAUUUCGCCAAAGUGUAUUAAUUUAGAAGGUGGUUCUAAGUUUUAUUACGUCCCGAUUAUAAAAACGAUAGAAAUGUUGUUUAAAACAAAAAAUUUUUGUAAAGCAUAUUUUUCACCAGAAAGCAAUGUUGAGGAUUUCUCAAAUAUAUGUGAUGGUAUUUCUUUUAAGAAUAACUUAUUUUACGAGAAUAAUCCCCAUGCCUUGCAAUUAAUUCUUUACCAAGACGCUUUCGAAAUUUGUAACCCUUUAGGUUCAUCCAGAAAAAAGCAUAAAGUAGUUGGAAUAUACUUUACAGUUAAUAAUAUACCCAGUAGGCAUUGGUCAAAAGUGGGUCAUAUUCAAUUAAUUGGACUGGUGUACGAAAAAACUAUUAAAAUGUUAGGUUUUCAUAAAGUGCUAACUGUAUUAUUGGAAGAUUUGAAGUUUAUAGAAGUUACAGGCGUCGAAGUAGAAGUUGACAAUAAACGAAUUAAUAUAAAAGGUUCCUUAUUAUCAGUGAUCGGAGACAACUUAGGCAGUCAUCAAGUUGGUGGGUUUGUCGAAAAUUUUAGCACAUCGGGUUAUUUCUGUCGAUACUGCGAUUUUAGCUAUGCUCAUUCUAAUAAACCUAUAGUUUACCGAACAAAGUCAUUGUACGAAUUCGAUGUUAACAUGGCAAAUUUUGAAGCAGAGCCUUCUAAAGGAAUUAAACACAAUUCUGUGUUAAACGACUUAAAUUAUUAUCACGUGUGUAAUCCUGGACUACCGCCUUGCAUUGCUCAUGACAUGUUUGAAGGUGUAGUACAAAGGGAUUUGAUGUUGGCAAUUAACCAAUGUGUUUCUAACAAAUUGUUUUCUUACGAUGAACUUAACAUUAAAGUGAGCAAACUGCAUUUUCUGUUUGAGAAAAAAUACACUUUUCCUUUAUUGAGCAAAGGUGACAAACUUCCUGGUAAUGCAUCACAAAAUAUGAUGCUUUUGUUGUUAUUCCCUUUUGUAUUUCAUGACGAUGAUAACCUCCAUGUCUCUGCAAUAUGGAAAUUAAUAUUAUGUUUACGAAGAAUUUGUUUGCUGCUGUUAAGUUUUAAAAUUUCUCUUAAUCAAGUAGCUCUGUUAAAAACUUUAAUUACUGAGUAUUUGGAAGAUCGCCAAACUUUGUUUCCCAACGUUUCAUUAAAACCAAAACAUCACUUUAUGUCUCACUAUCCUUAUUUAACACGACAAUUUGGACCACUAAGGCACUUAUGGACCUUAAGAUUUGAGGCAAAACACCAGUACUUUAAAAAUGCCAUACGACAUAGUAAGAAUUAUAAGAACAUAUUAUUUUCACUAUCAAAUAAGCAUCAGUUGUUUCAAGCACUGAAUGCAACCCAAAAUUUGUUAUUUAAUGACAGUGUAUUGUCAGAUGAUGCUCAUAUACUAGGCGAGUGUGAAGUAUCGUAUGAAAUGAAGAAUCUAAUUACAACUAACAUUGGAAAUAUUGACAUUCUCAUAUCAAACUAUGUUACUUUUAGAGGUACCAUUUACAAAACCGGUCAAGUAGUUUGCUAUGAUAUAGACGCAUUUGGAUACUUUCUAUUGUGUAAAAUCCAGUUCAUUUUAAUAACCAAAGAAUAUGACGAUAUUUAUUUUGUAGGUCAAAAGACAAAAAUAUUUUGUAAUUAUUACAAUGAUUUGUUUUACCAAUUUGCCGAUGAAACCGAAAUUAACAUUUUCGUUAAAUUUAACAGUUUAUUAUGUCAUGAACCACUUUUACAGUAUUUAAGUACGACAAAAACUAUUCUUUAUAGUUUUAAGUCAACUCCGUAUGUAGUAUAA